AUGGAAGUGGUGGCUGCGGUGGAGAAGUGGAGGAGGAGCCAAAUGGUGGAAGCGGAGCUCUGCUGGGAGACGGACAUGGGACAUUGGGAUGGUGAUGUAGCAGUAAACAAAAUUAACUGGGUUUUGUGGGAUGUUGUUUGCCAAACCAAAUUGUCACGGAGGUUGCUGGUAAAUGGAAUUUCUCAUGUGUUAAAGGGUAAAUAUUUUCCUCCUCCUGAUUUUCUGGAGGCUGCAAGAGUGGAUGCUUUUGCAAUGUGGAAAAGUAUUAUCUCAGACAAAGAAUUGCUGGUCCAAGAAUUGCGGUGGAGAGUUGGAAACGGGAGGGGAAUUAAUAUCCUCUUUGAUGCAAGAUGGGGAAUUGAACGUAUUUGA